GUCACGCUUGACACUGGUGCAGCUACUACUGUUGCACGUAUUUUGCUACGUUGUAUUUUUCUUACGUUGUAUAUUCGGAGUGGCUUUGAGGCAUCUGGUAGCACUACUCAUACUUUGACAGGCCACUUUGUUAGCCGACACGGGUAACAUGUUAGACGUGUGUACGGUUUUGUAGGAGUCUUUUAGAAAGAGUUGUCGUUAGGCCUGUUCGGGUUAUUUCCAUCACUGCCGCUGGCUAAUAAGUCCCUAAACAGAAAUGUCACUGGAGGACUAUGAAAGACAUUUUGACUCGCUAAAUUCAGAUUUGGGCGGCGGAUCUGUGGUCAGUGAGCGAUUAGCGUCGGGAACAUUUAAUGGCGAAGAGGAGAAGUUGCAUUACAUUCCUAUCCGGAUCCUCGGACGGGGGGCGUUUGGUGAAGCAACUCUGUACAGAAGAACAGAGGACAACUCUCUGGUGGUAUGGAAGGAGGUGGACCUGAACUCGCUCUCCGAAAAGGAGCGCAGAGAUGUCAUGAACGAAAUAAGCAUCCUCUCCAUCCUAGAGCACAACAACAUCAUAGCCUACUUCAAUCACUUCAUGGAUAAAAACUCCCUGCUCAUUGAGUUGGAGUAUUGCAAUGGAGGAAAUCUGUACGAUAAAAUCAUCCAACAGAAGGGGGAACUUUUCAGUGAGAAGGUGGUCAUAUGGUACCUGUACCAAAUUGCCUCAGCAGUGUCUCACAUUCACAAGGCCGGGAUCUUACACAGAGACAUAAAAACUCUGAACAUUUUCCUGACCAAGACUGACCUCAUUAAGCUGGGCGACUAUGGCCUCGCAAAGAAGCUAGACUCUGAGUUUUCAAUGGCAGAGACUUGUGUGGGAACUCCAUAUUACAUGUCACCUGAAUUGUGUCAGGGAACGAAGUACAACUUCAAAUCAGACAUCUGGGCCAUGGGUUGUGUACUUUUUGAAGUCUUAACUCUUACAAGAACAUUUGAUGCAACGAACCCUCUGAACCUCUGCGUGAAAAUAGUCCAGGGCAACUGGACUAUGGAUGUGAACUCGGAUGUUUAUUCGUCUGCUUUGAUCCAACUGGUGUAUGAGUGCCUCGAUCAAGAUCCUGCAAAGAGGCCUACAACUGAGCAGAUUCUGGACCAGCCAUUCAUCUCCUGCUGCAGACAGGAGCUGGAAGAGCGUGUUGCCCUGCUGAAUUCAGCAAUGAAAAAACCAAAGCUGAGUACAGGGACUGACACCCCUGUUGCUGUGGUGACUACACGCUCAAGGGAUGUGUACUUCUGGGGCGGAGGGAAGUUCACCCCACAGAAACUGGACACGUUUAAAGGAGGCAGCAGUGCCCAACACGUGUGUGCAGGAGAGAGUCACUUUGCAGUGGUGACGGUGGAAAAGGAACUGUAUACCUGGGCUAAUGUCCAAGGCGGGGCCAAGAUGGUGGGCCAGCUGGGGCACGGAGACCAGGCCUCUUACCGGCAGCCGAAGAAGGUGGAGAAGCUGCACGGGAAGGCCAUCCGACAGGUGGCAUGUGGGGCUGACUUCACUGCCUGUGUCACUGAUGAGGACCAGAUGUACAUGUUUGGGUCAGACUAUUACGGCUGCAUUGGAGUGGAGGGUGAGCUCGGCGUGGAGAUUUUGGAGCCAGUGCUUUUGGAGUUUUUCGAGGAGCGGCCUGUCCGCCAGGUUUCAUGUGGAGACAACCAUGUGGUGGUCCUGACUCAGAGUGGAGACAUCUACUCCUGGGGCUGCGGAGAGUAUGGGCGCCUCGGCCUGGAAUGUGAGGAUGACUUCUCUUCUCCGAUGCAAGUGGAGAUCCCUAAAGGAGCCACCAUCUCCUCAGUGUCAUGUGGCAGUGAUGGAACCUUCUUCUUGACAGAAGCUGGCAAAGUCCUAGCGUGUGGAAACAAUGAAUUCAAUAAACUUGGUCUGAACCAGGGAAUCUCUGGUCUCAAAAACCACCCUGGAGAGGGUUACCAGGGGAUCCCUUACAUCACCACACUGACCUUAGCAAAGCAGCUGUCGCGAUUCAAGAUACAGGCCAUAGCUCCAGGGAAAACCCACACAGCUGCCAUUGAUGAACGUGGUCGUUUGAUCACCUUUGGUUGCAACAAAUACGGACAGCAGGGUGUGAAGGACUUUAAGAAACACCAGGGCGUCCAAGUCCUUGUCGGACCCUUUGGAGGGAAGAUAGUGACCAAAGUGUCUUGUGGAGAUGGCUUCACCAUUGCAGCCACUGAGGACAGUCAGAUAUUUGCAUGGGGAAAUGCAGGAAAUGGGCGACUUGGGAUGCCUGCUGAUAAGGGAUUUGGUUCAGAGGUUUGCCCUGCCAUGCCAAGGCCCAUCUUUGGUUCCCUCCACCAUGUACCGGACCUCUCUUGCCGUGGCUGGCACACCAUUAUCAUAAUGGAGAAAGUGCUGAACUCCAAGACUAUUCGCUCUAACAGCAGUGGACUAUCAGUUGCUAGUGGACUGGGCCAGGAGGCAUCUACAUCCACAGUGGAUCUGGACAUAGAACCUGGUUCAGAGACGGAGUGUCGUGACAGAGGUCUUGGGGGUACACUGGAGGAUAAUACGGAGGAGUGUCUGAUGGAGACCCCGAUGAUGUCAUUGGCAAAUCAGACUGGAGACAGCUCCUGCCCUCUCUGGCUUAGAAAGGAGCUUGAGGAUGCAGAGUACAUCCCAAUUCCAGAAAACUCUAAGCUACCCACUCCUGACCAGCUCUCUUCCAUCUCAGAGAGCGUCACUCUACCUUAUGAGGAGCUGAAAGAGCUAAAGGCAGCGGCAGCAGCAGUCAGCUGUAAGAAAGGCCUAUCGACUAAACGAAUGAGCUGUGAUAAAGUCAAUGGACUGGAGGAGGCUGAUGUCUGCAGAAAAGGAGAAUUGGGCACAUGCUGCAAAGCAAGUACCAAGAUUACACAGCUGCGAGAGACAGUCGCUCAUCAAGAGAUGAGGAUCAAGAUGCUCGAGAAGCAGGUCGAUGAGCAGCAGAAGGAGAAUGAACGGCUCUGGGCAGCAAUCAGUCGUUCAACGCUACGGGAAGCAGGAUGUGACAGUAACGGAAAUCAUCACUCUGAUCGUAUGCCCGGGGAUGGAGGAGGAAGUGAAGGCGGAUUCACAAACCACGGGGGCCGAUCGGUGGCAUGUGGGGCUGACUUUACUGCCUGCGUCACUGAUGAGGACCAGAUGUACAUGUUUGGAGCCAGUUCACAAACCACGGGGGCCGAUCUGCCGGGGCCAGUGUGUGAUACUUAAGCUGCAGAUGUUCUGAUCAUGGGAGAAGUGUCAAAACUCUCAGCAUUUAUUGAAUUAAACAAGCUGGUUAGAUGGGGAGUGGAGGCUCGGUUAGAGGUGCAGCAGAGGGUGCAGCCUCGUGCCUGUUCACAGUGGUUACAUUACAGUAUACACGUUUGACAGAGCGCCAAGUUGCAUGAUUACAUUUUGCAUAUUGCAUAUGUAAUACUGUAUAAUACCUUGCACACUCUCAUAUGCGCGCUUGUGUUCACCUGGGUGGAGUGAUCUAGCUAGUUUCUCCACAGACUGAAAUGUUGGCUGGAAUCAACAUGAUGCAUCGGACCUGUGAGAGACAAUCAUCAUAGUGUUACUCUGCAAUGUGAAUGUUAAGUCCAUGUUUUGGUGGUAUUAUUGUUGACUAUAAGUGAUGUCCGCAUUGAGGCUUCAGUCCUUAGUGCCUCAGAUAUUAGAAUUUAUCACAUAACAGGUAAGAUCAGCUUAUGCAAAUAGGAAACCUUUGCUAAUACAUGCAAAAAUUGGGGUUUCCUCUUCUCAGUUGUUGAGAGAUGGGCAGCCAGUAUGUUGUGCAGAUUGACUCAUGUUAGCGCCAUCUUCCAAUGUGAAAGCAUAACUUUCUUAUGUAUCACUUUAUUUUUAUUUCAUUUGAUAUUCUUAAAAAGCUAAAGUGCCAAAUACAAAAUAGCCUUUUUAUUCUCCAUAUUUAUCAUACAUGUUAGCUAUUACGAACAUAUUCUAAUUAUCAUGCAAAUAUAUACUUUUUAAAUUUGCAUGUUUUAUUCUCAUAUAAAAGCAUUUGUGUGAAACAUGAAACUACUGAUUCAUUUUAGCACUCAUUUUAGUUAGUUUUUCUUACUGCCUUUGACUUGGGAAUUCUUGUAGGUGCAGCACACGUAGGUCUUCAUUGUGACAUAUAUGAACACUUGAACUGUUUUUUUUUUAAUAUGGAAAACGUGGUCUUUAAAGCAUAUAUAAUAUAGCUGACCUUGCAGCUAUAAUGUUAUUGCAUUUUGUAACCAUUUUAUCUGUCUUUGGUACUUUCACAAAUGUUGUUUUGCCAUAUUAUACAUCAUUUGUGAAAGCAAAUAUGUAAUUGCAUUUUGUUUGAGGUCUUGUUUAUUGUGUGCUGACAUAUGUGUGUAAAACCCUUUGUCAUAGUUUACAAUUUGUUUACUCAUAGUUGGUGAACUGUCAGAUGUCAACAGUACAGUAUAACACUGGCAGUAUUUUCACACAGUAAAACGUUAAAAACCAAUCAGAGUGCCUUAGCAAGCUAUUGAAACCAAAAUGAGUGCAAAUCUGAAAAUGCCGUGCCUUAGGUGAAUUUUUUUUAUAGUGUGUUGACAGCAUUUAAAAUAUGGUUUAUUUUUUUCAACAGUUAACCAAAUAUUGUGGAGAUGUAACAGUUGUAUAGACACUCCUCUCACAGUCAUACUGUUGUGUCAUGCUUUGUGUAAAAGCCAUAAAUAAAACUAACAGCUCUCUUUUGC